AUGCGGGAAAUUUAUGGAGCAAGAUAUCUACGGAGACCGACUCCGUCCGAUCUUCAGCGUAUAUACGAUGUUCAUGAACAAGUUGUUGGUUUUCCCGGUAUGAUCGGUAGUAUAGAUUGUAUGCAUUGGCCAUGGGAGAUGUGUCCAGCGGCGUGGCGAGGUACUUACACAAGCGGGCAUGUGGGUAGACCGUCUUUGAUCCUUCAGGCUGUAGCAUCAAACGAUCUAUGGAUUUGGAAUGUGUACUUUGGACAGCAAGGUUCUCACAACGAUAUCAAUGUGUUUGAAUCAUCGCCAAUUCUUGAAGAAAUUAUAAACGGAUUGGCACCCACGGCUCCGUUUUGGGCAAACGGAAACUUUUAUGAGAAGGGAUACUAUUUGGGCGACGACAUCUAUCCCGAAUAUGCUACAUUUGUGAAGACCUUUUCCGACCCGAUCGAUGAAAAAAGAAGACAUUUUAAGAAGAAACAAGAGUCGGCACGAAAGGGUAUUGAGCGGGCUUUCGGUGUGCUUAAAAAACGAUGGAAGGACGAAAACAAGGCCGUAUGCCAGGACUACAACGCCCAAGAACCGAGUCUCAAUCCAGAUUAUUGGAGGCGCAUAACUCCAAUGGAAGUUCGUAUCCAAAAUCUGCAUGCCGUAAAAAACCGUGAAACCCACAACAUGCUAACGGCAGAUUUGGUUGACCAUCUUUGGGCGAACACACCACAUGACUUCUAG